AUGCUGAGUCGACUUGCAAACACUCAAGGCCCCAAAGAACCCGUCACACUUCCUCCGCAUACUUUCACAGUCGAGCUGGUACUGGAUACCCGAGAAGUACGCACCUCGACAGACAGAGACUACAUCGCCAAUGAACUCAUGAAACAGGAUAUUACUCCUCAAGUGCGUGCUCUAGAAUUGGGUGACGCAAUGUGGGUAGCCAAGUGCCGAGAUCCCACAUUUCUGACACGCCACGGCGAGGAGGGCGAUGAGGUGAUGCUAGACUGGAUCAUUGAACGAAAGCGUCUCGACGACCUCAUCGGAUCUAUCAAAGAUGGACGAUUCCACGAACAAAAGUUUCGUCUCCGCCGCUCGGGCAUCAAAAACGUCAUCUAUCUCGUCGAGGAAUUCACAGUGACACAUCCCGAUGCUGGGAAUGGAGGCGCGCUUAAGUAUCAAGAGAUGGUUUCCUCGGCUAUAGCCUCGACGCAGGUGGUCAAUGGGUAUUUCAUGAAGAAGACGAAGAACUUGGAUGACUCCAUCCGGUAUCUGGCGCGCAUGACCCUCCUUCUCCGGAAGAUGUACGGAGCGCUUGACUCUUCCGUUGCAGACCAACCGGCCAAUCCAGCAAAGAUUGCCUUCAUUCCCAGUCGGUGCCUCUCCUCGACACAGUCUUACCUCACUUUAUUGGAUGAACUUCGUGCAAAAGAUUCCUCUCUCACCUACGGCGUCACAUUCUCCACGUUCUCCGCCCUCACUUCCAAAUCUGACGUCCUCUCUCUUCGUGAUAUCUAUUUGAAAAUGCUUAUGUGCACGCGCGGUAUCACUGGCGAGAAAGCACUCGAGAUUCAGCGCCGAUGGAAAACACCUCGAGAACUAGUCGAGGCAUACAUGGCCUUGGAGCCCAAAGAUCGGGAAACACUGAUCUCGGACAAAUUGCAGUCCCUUGUUGGACGGAAGAAGGUCCAAAAAGCUCUAAGUAAAAGAGUUGCAGAAAUUUGGGGUGAGGGAAGUUGA